ACCACUAACGCCUCCCAAUUCGUCUUCAAUUUUAAUGCCAUUUCUUUUUUCUCAGACCUUGAUUUCUUUUUACCAUUUCGUGUUUCAUUUUUCUCUCUUGUUUUUUUUUGUCCGAGUUAGUUUUCAAUUUUUAGAGGCGAUGAUGACAUCAAAGCAUUUCUCGAUACUGAAACUUACUCGAGGGACCAAAAAACUCUUUCUAUUUUCAAUCGAAAGGCAUGGAAGAAGCAGAUCAGCUAUGUUUGGCGGCUAAAUCCGGCGACUUGAAAAAGGUUCAAACUUUGAUAAAUUCCGGCGCCGACGUUUCUUACUUUGACGUCGACGGUCUAACUCCGUUAAUGCACGCCGCUAAAAUCGGAAACGCCGAGAUCGUAGCCGCUUUGCUCGAAUCAGGAGCCCCAUGGAACGCUUUAUCCCCAUCAAAUCUGUCAGCUGGUGAUCUCGCCAUGGAAGCAGGACACCAAGAAGCAUUCGACCUUCUUCUCAAAACCGGGAUCCAAUCGGAGCUAAUCCUAGGAACAAUCGCAAGAAAAGAAACCAAACACGAGUACUCGAAUCAAGAAUACCUACAAGACCGAGUUAGUUUCAGCGAAGACAAGUUGAUGGACAACGAAAGCAAAGGAGUGAUGAUGGCAUGGGAGAAACCAUUAAUGGAAGCUCACGCGAAGGCUAUAUGCAUCAAUGGUGGUUCAAUUCUAAACAUUGGAUUCGGAAUGGGACUCGUCGAUACAGCGAUCCAACAGUAUAAUCCAACGAAACACACAAUCAUCGAGGCUCAUCCUGAAGUCUAUAAACGCAUGAUCGAGUCUGGUUGGGGUGAAAAAGAGAAUGUGAAGAUUGUCUUUGGAAGAUGGCAAGAUGUUCUUGAUAAGCUUGAUGACUCUGGUUAUGAUGGGAUCUUCUUUGAUACUUAUGGAGAGUAUUACGAGGAUUUGUGGGAGUUUCAUCAGAAUCUUCCGAGGCUGUUGAAGCCUGAUGGGGUUUAUUCGUAUUUCAAUGGGUUUUGUGGGAGCAAUGCGUUUUUUCACGUGGUGUAUUGCAAUCUGGUGACAUUGGAGAUUGAGAAUCUAGGGUUUACCACUCAGUUGAUUCCUUUGCCGGUUAAGGAUUGUCUUGGGGAUCAAGUUUGGGAAGGUGUGAAGCAAAAGUAUUGGCAACUUGAUACUUAUUAUCUCCCUGUUUGUCAGUUUAGUGAGUGAAGUUAAACUUAACAGUUCAUGUAAUUUUUUCUUUUUGAUAUACUUUUAGUGAAAAGAAAAAAUGUUUGUUAA